AUGUUGCGCUUUGUGCAGCUUGUGGUGUCCGCGGCAUCCUUGACCGCUUUGUGGCUUUCGCCGCCUUUGUCGGGCAUCAGGGGGGUGCGCGAGGCCUGGCCCGAGCCUCGCAGGCUCCAAGCCCUUCAAGAAGCAGAGCCAUGGGCAGCCCAUGUCCCGAAGAACGACACUCCGGAAUAUCCGGAGCUUAUUGUGGAGGCGCCUGAGGGGGUGCCCCGCUUGGCGAACGCAAGUGCCAAGGUUGAAGGGGCCUUGGCGGAGAGAAGAUUGCUGUUCAAGUUUCCGGAAGCGGACCCGGACGCGGUAAAAGAUGCAAAAAGUGAAGUCAGGGCCGGGAUUGGCGGCACCCUCGCGUUGACCAUGACCUACUUUGCCACCAGCGGCACGGACUGGGACAAGGAGCAAAUCAACGCCGUCGUUCAAUCUACCAAGUCCGUCUUGACUGCCGUGGGUACAAUGUUUGGACCCAAAGGCAUGUUGCUUGCUGGUGUUGCGGGCGGCAUUUUUGACGCUCUCAACCCCUUGGAAGAUGACGACGAUUUGGACCAGAAGCUCAGGGAACUGAAGGAGGACCGUGAAAUCAAGGAAGAGAUCGAUGACAUGAUGGACGAAGUUUUGAUGAGGGAGCACAUUGGCAAAAGAGCAAUUGAGAUCGACCAUUUCGUGAAGCAGUUGAACUGGGCUUUUGAGGCCAUGCCUCUCUUGGAUGGCUCGGCCAGGCUGUCAACAGCCCUUGCUCUGGAGAAUGAGGCGGCAAGCCUCAGAAACGUUUUGUUCUUCGAAUGCUUCAUAGGGACGCACCGAUCAACUGAAGGCCGGUAUAUUCCUUCUCCAGGACCUGAUGGUGGUGCACAUACAGCUGAUGUCCGAGAUUUUCGAGGCUGCAAAACACGCAGGCGUGCAGAAGGCCGGGCAACUCAUGACAAACGCUAG